AUGGAGGGCAUCUGGGAUGAGAAGCCUGAAAAGCUCCUCGGUGUCGUGGUCUCGGCCUCGCUGCCGGGAGUGAAGGAAGAGAUCUACACGUGCCAGGUGACCAAGAAGCUCGCCACCAAGAAGAAGACCAAGGAAUGGGAGAAGUUCAUCUCCAAGGAGUCCAGCUGGCCCCAGUUCUUCUUCGCUGUCCCAGACAGCAGCAACCUGGAGCUCACCAUCACCGACAAGAGCGGCAAAGUGGCGGGCACGUACGAGAUCAAGGUGGACGACCUGAAGCAAGACACGGUGGUGGCGGGCGAGUACGAGCUGCAGGUGAGCGACAAGAAGAAGAAAAAGGCCGGCGAGAGUGAUGACCCGCAAGGCAAGGUCGACGUCCGCGUCUACUACUCACUCCUCAUGGAAACUCGUCCUCCCGGUCCCGGGCCUCACACCUACAACUACGCCGACUACCUCGGUCAAAUUAAGACGGGCGACCUCGUCGUCUACUCGGGCACUGGCGUGCUUGCGGCUGCGUGCCAGCUGAUCACCAACACGCCCUACAGCCACAUCGGCCUUGCCGUCUAUCUGCCCAACAGAUGGACGCAGGAGCCGGAACUGUACAUAGUAGAACUCACCAAGAACUUCAACAGAUUCCAGGACGCCUUCAAGGAGGUGGCGGAAAGCGGAAUCAACAUCUUCCGUUUCAAGGAGCGCGUGCACCAGUACCACGGCAACUCGCCCGUCUGGUGGGUGCCCCUCAAGGAGUCUCUCAGCCCCGUCCACCAGCAGGUGCUCGUCGAGUGGAUCUGGAAGAUGCACCGAGGCGACCAGGCGAUUGAAGACAACAUCCCGCCCAUCUCCGUGAGUAAGAUGACCGAAUUCCUGACCUCGCGGUUCAAGAUCACCGUCAGCUACGACGUCAUGCUCGACUUCUACUCCCCCGCCUUUGUCUACAAAGCCCUCGGCCUGGCUGGUGCGUUGGAGGAGGACAUGACCAAGUACUCCGAGGGACUCUUCGCCAGCGACGUGGUGAAGCUGCCCUGCUUCGGCGCUCCCGUGCAGAUCCGCUACAAGGCCGACGACACUCGCGUCGCCGGCACGCAGGCUUCCUCGCUCGCCGCCGGCUUUGCCGCCGCCUCUGCCAACAAGGACGGCGGCCGAGCCAAGUCGGGGUCGAUGGACGGCCUGCCCCCGGUCACCGGCGAGCCCGCAGCGCGCCCUCGCCUCGGCACCGCCAUCGGCACUCCAACCAAGCUCGGCGGUUCUGCCGCCAGCGCGUCUCCGCCGGGCAGCCAAAUCUUGCCCAACCCGGCUGCUGCAGCUGGCGGUGCCGCGGUUCCGCGGCGGCCCCAGCCCGCGGUGCCUCCGCGUGGUGCCCCGCCCUCCAUCGUCCACACGGCGACCGCCGGCGGAGUGGCCGGUGGCGUGGCCGCCGCUGCCGCCAGCGUGGCUCGCAACCGCCCGCCGUCGCAGACCAUCUCCUCGCCGCUGUCGGCGAUCACGCAGUCGCAUUCGCCCUCUAACUCGUCGACGGGCGUGAUGACGAAGCCCGGUCUGGGGUCGGCCAAGACCUCGUUGGCCGCCCCGCCGCCGCUGGUGGCGCCCUCGUCACUCCCUGCGUUCGCGCCCACGCCCGUCCCGGCGCCCCUCGAGAACCGCGAGAAGCGACGCGAGAAGAUGAUGACCCUCUCGCGCAAGUUCGGCACCUCACGCCUGGCCGUCACCAGUCUCGGCAUCGAGGGCGAUUUUAACUCCGACGAGAAGGCCGAGAACGCCAUUGAUGCGAUCGUGGCCAAGAUGAGAGGCCCCGGCGGCAUUCCUAUGGCGGACAUCAACUGGCAGGGCAAGAACUACACCAAGUGCUUCCUGGGCUGCGACGCCGUCGAUUGGAUGCUCAAGUGCAAGGUGGCCACCACGCGCGACCAGGCCGUCGAGCUGGCCAACGAGAUCCUCGUCACCGGCCGGCUGUACCAUCUGUCCAGGAGAAUGGCCUUCAUCGACGGCAUGGAGAUCUACAGAUUCGAGGCACGCUCACCAUUCCGCACACGGCACACACGGCACAUGAUAGCUGACGCGUUGGAUGGGGGUCGACCUUAG